AUGUUUCUUAUCACCAGCUUCUAUGAAGCAGAGAAAUAUAAAAUACUAUUUAUCGAUUACAAUCAGCUUGAAUGGAACAAGGGAAAUUCAUUCUUGUAUUCUAAAAACGCUUUUACGAAACGGCUCUUUACGACAUGUGUGCUACGUGAUCGGUGCGUUCAAUUUCGUUUAAUCACGCCAAAGACCAACAAUAAUGAGGAUUCGACCAAUCAUGAAGAAGACGGUACGUUUGUGCAGCGGUCUUUAAUUAUCUUCGCCAUUCUCUUGUGCUAUUAUCAAUCCUGGGUCGGCGCAGUGGAUUGUGAACAAGAACCCUAUAAUCCGGCAUGUCGAGGUUCACAGGCGAGGAAGCGCCUGACACCCUUGCCUGUCAUGCGUUCAGGCCCUUUCAAUUGCGAAGAUGGAGAUUGCAGACUUCCCAAGAUGAAAUUCUUGAUCGCGAUUCUUGAUGACCCUUCCCCCAAUGAGGUACACCCUUCCAACUCUGCCCAUGCGCGCAAGGGCAGGAUGCGAAUAGAUGAGACGAAGGAUGUGUAUUUGGAUGACUAUUGAUUCGAUUACUAAAUUAUGUCGACGCGAUUCGCAGAGAUGACUGACCGAUCGACAACUUUUCUGAGAUAUUCCUCGUCCGUUCGAUUAUCUUUUAUUGUAUUAUCUGGCUUGAUUCUCUAUCCGUGUUUUCCCUGAUAUCAUCUCUUUUCUCUUUUACUUCAUUUUCUCGCAAUUUUGGCAGCGAUAAUAAAGUACGUGCGUGCACGCAUAUUUGUUAGCACUCUGACUUUUCGAUAAUAAACAUUUGAAUCGCAC